CAAAAAUGAGUUUUGAGCAGAAAAAGAACCUUCUUUUCUCGUCGCUCGAAUCGGCAGAACAGAGCAUCGGAUCGGAUUCAAUUCUUCAUCAGGAUGGCAAGGCCACCGACUACACUGUGGACCGUUCAGGCCGUCGUCGCCCUACAAAACUGAUCAGCGUUGAUCGAUAUCGUGGCCGAGAAAGCAUCUUCAAGCGUCCGGCCGCCCCGAUAGGCCAUUGUCUGAAACGGGCACAGCUUCCGGACUAUCAGCGCAAUCCCCACAAGUGGACCAAAUACACACUGGAGGACGUGGAUACGUCCGAGCGAACCAAUACGGCGGCAGCUUUUUCGUUUCUCAAGCAACUCGAAGAACAACGUGAUGCGGCCACACAGAUUGCUGAGGGGCCUGAAGAUGAAUCCGCACCGAGGGCAAACAUCUGUCAAUCUGUGGUACGCUUCAAUCGCUCCGUACGACUUAGAGACCGAUUAGCCGAAGCGGAUGAACCACAAGAGACGCCGGUCGAAGACAAACCUCAACAAAACGGACGGCGAGUUCUGAUGCCAGAGUAUGUGGUGGGACAGAAGGCUCCUAAGCGCGCCAAGCGAACACUGGCGAAGCACGCACCAUCUGCUGAGGGCAGAGGAAAGGAAAUGCAACUGGAACAUUUGAUGGAAGAAAAUGAGGAUGAUGAUGAUGAAGAGAAUUAAAACCGUAAUGCACAGUGCUUUUGAAAAAUUACUUUUAAACUGUAUUUAGAGUAAAAUAAAUAU